CCUGGUGCUUACGUCGCGUAAGGGAGGAGGAGGUGCGUUACUCGACAAAGAGCCUUUCCGUACCAAUUUGCUAAUGUGUGGUUUCUGUACGUUUGGCAUUAUCCUGUGGUGGUUUGCUUAUUAUUGGCAUUUACUGCCAAAUUGGCUGCCCAAUGAGCCUCCCUCUAUCUCCAAGGUGGCUGCCUUGCUAUUUUGUUUUGCUGCCAAAAUUAUGAUUCCUGAAGACCCAUGGUGAAGCGUAUGGUCUUAACAGAACGUUGGGCUUUUG